GCAGCCUGCUCCGCUCAUCUGCGCAUGUCAAACACGUGCGUCUGCUUGGCUUGGACAUAGCGAACGUUGUGUUCCCCUCUUAACUAACACUACGCAGUUUGUCGACAGUACUAUUUCUAAUACUACUUACUAUAGAUACUAUUUGUAAAUGGGAGGUCUCCAGAAGAAAAAGUAUGAGAGGGGCUCUGUCACCAACUACAUCACCAGAAACAAGGCUCGCAAGAAGUUACAGCUGAGCCUCCCAGACUUCAGGCGACUGUGCAUCCUUAAAGGCAUCUACCCUCAUGAGCCCAAGCACAAGAAGAAGGUGAACAAGGGAUCUACAGCCCCAAGGACCUUCUACCUGCUCAAAGACAUCCGCUUUCUGCUGCAUGAGCCAAUCGUUGGCAAGUUCAGAGACUACAAGGUUUUUGUACGUAAACUUAAGAAGGCUUAUGGAAAAACAGAAUGGACUGCUGUGGAGAGACUGAAGGAGAACAAGCCGGCCUAUAAAUUGGACCACAUCGUCAAAGAAAGGUACCCCUCCUUCAUUGAUGCUCUGCGUGACAUCGACGAUGCGCUCUGCAUGGGCUUCCUCUUCUCCACCUUCGCCCGAACAGGAAAAUGUCACGUUGAGACGAUCCAGCUGUGCAGACGCCUCACUGUGGAAUGGAUGAACUAUGUGAUUGCGUCCCGCUCUCUCAGAAAGGUUUUCAUCUCCAUCAAGGGAAUAUAUUACCAAGCUGAGGUGAUGGGACAGCUCACGACAUGGCUGGUGCCAUAUCAGUUCUCCCAUGAUCACCCAACCGAUGUUGACUACAGAGUAAUGGCAACUUUCACCGAGCUAUACACCACUCUGCUGGGCUUCAUCAACUUCAGACUGUACCAUUCCCUCAACCUGCUCUACCCACCAAAGUUGGACAUAAAAGCCGAGUCGGAGCUGAAGGAAGAGGGUGAUGAUGAUGACUACGCCAUGAAUUCAGAGUGCUACCUUGAGAAACUGUCCGCCCUAAGUACCAGUCUGGCACGGGUGGUUUCCACUGCAGAGGAUGAGGAGGCUCAACUUGACAAGUUUCCUGUCGAAGAGGAGGACUUGGAAAAGAUGGAGGCCAGGGAAAUGGAGCAGAAACAGCUGGAAGCUCACAAAAAGCUUUUUGAGGGACUUAAGUUCUUCCUCAACAGAGAAGUGCCCAGAGAGUCACUGGCUUUUCUCAUCAGGUGUUUUGGUGGUGAAGUGUCCUGGGACAAGUCCGUUUGCAUCGGCAGCGCAUACGAGGUGACGGAUGAGACCAUCACGCAUCAAAUUGUUGACAGACCCAACAUCGACAAACAGUAUAUCAACAGGUACUACAUCCAGCCCCAGUGGGUGUAUGAUUGUGUCAAUGCCAAGAUCCUUCUGCCUGUGGAAGACUACUUCCUUGGAGUGACUCUGCCCCCCCACCUCUCUCCCUUCGUGGAAGAGAAAGAAGGAGACUACGUGCCCCCUGAAAAACUAAAGAUCAUGGCCUUACAGCGAGGAGAAAAACCUGCCCAUGAGGAGGAGGAGGAGGAGGAAGAAGAGGAGGAAGAUGAUGACGAGGAGGAGGAGGAAGAAGAUGAUGAGGUAGAGGAGAAGAAUCUGAAGAAGCUGGAGGAACAGAGAUCCCAGGGCAAAUCUCUGUCCGUCAAAGUGACGGCUGGGAAAGUGAAGGUAAACAACCCAGCACGCAUGGAGCAGGAUGAGAAGGCAGAGGAGAAACGUCUGGCCAUCAUGAUGAUGAAGAAAAAGGAGAAAUACCUCUACGACAAGAUCAUGUUCGGAAAGAAGAGAAAAAUCCGAGAGACGAACAAGCUGACUGCCAAGAGGAAGGCCCACGAUGAUGCAGAAAAAUCAAAGAAAAAGACCAGAAAAUGAUUCAUCUGACAUAUUUGUCAGACAGACUUCAUGUAUUUAAAUUCUUGAGGUAGAGAGUAUUACAGGUUAACAUGUCCCAAAACCUGUACGUACAUGAGAGAGCUUAGUGAGUUCUGUGCAUUGGCCGUUCCAUAAUUUCAAGCUGAAAUGCAGGAUGUGGUAUAUGCUAAUUGUGUGGUUAUUAAUGUAAAAGUGACCGUUUGACUUUAUGUUGUUUGUAUGAACUAUUCUACAUUACACAAGAUAUUCUUACAUUUUAUCAUAUAAUCUGUACUUUAAACUGUCUAUUAAAGUAAAACUGCGAAGGAUUAAACGUGUUACUUGAGGUCUUACAACA